CCCCGGGUUCCGGGUUGGCGGGCCAAGAUGGCGGCGGCCAGGUACUGGAAGCUGGUGCCCCGCCGGGGCCUGUCCCUCCCGGCCGCUGCGGAGGCCUCCGCCCCGGCCACCCAGGGGAGCGAGGCAGAGGCGGCGGCGGCCGCGCGGUACCCGCCGAUCGUGGCUUCCCUGACCGCCGACAGCAAGGCGGCGCGGCUGCGGCGGGUGCAGCGCUGGCAGGCGGCGGUGCACGCCGCCCCGUCGGUGGACGAGAAGAUCCGCAUCCUCACCAAGAUGCAGUUCAAGAAGUACGUGGUGUACCCGCAGACCUUCGCCCUGCACGCCGACCGCUGGUACCAGGGCUUCACCAAGACGGUGCUGCUGUCGGGCCUGCCGCCCGCGCCCGUGCGGUCCCCGCCGUCGCUCGACCUCGCGGCCCUGCGCGCCGCCGCCUGCGACUGCAUCCUGCAGGAGCAUGUCUACUUGCGGCGUGGCCGGCGCCGGGGCCUCUUCGAUCCACGCCAGGCCCUCGCCUCGCCGGUCCUGGACCAACUGGUGGGGACUCUGGUGAACCUGCUCGCCCCACUCAACCCGGUCCUGACCACUGCGGCCCUCGAUUAUAAGCGCCCUGUUGACUUUUACUGGCAUCGUGGUGAAGAAAGGAUUCCUGCUGGUCAUCGAAAAGGUCAUAUUGAUGCUUUAAGAUACCAAAUAAAUGAUAAACCACACAACCAGAUAAGAAUAUCUAAACAACUCCCUGAGUUUGUUCCAUUGGAUUAUUCCAUUCCUGUAGAAAUCCCUGUUAUGAAAUGUAAACCAGACAAGCUUCCAUUAUUCAAACGGCAAUAUGAAAACUCCAUAUUUACUGGCUCAAAAACAGCAGAUCCCUGCUGCUAUGGUCACACCCAGUUUCAUUUGUUACCUGACCGUUUACAUAGAGAAAAGCUGCUAAAACUAAACCAGGCUGAGCAGGUGGAAGUUGUUUUUAGAGCUAAUGCCCUUGCAAGUCUUUUCGCUUGGACCGGAGCUCAAGCUAUGUACCAAGGAUUCUGGAGCGAAGCCGAUGUUACUCGACCUUUUGUCUCCCAGGGCGUGAUCACAGACGGAAAAUAUUUUUCUUUUUUCUGCUACCAGUUAAAUACUUUGGCCCUGACUGUACAGGCUGAUCAAAAUAACCCUCGUAAGAAUAUAUGUUGGGGGACACAGAGUAAGCCUCUUUAUGAGACAGUGGAAGAUAACGAUGUGAAAGGCUUUGAUGAUGACGUUCUCCUGCAGAUAGUUGACUUUCUUCUAAAUAAACCGCAAGAAGACACGACGCAGCUGUUGGGAAGCCAGGGGAAAGCACUUGAUCUGGGACCUUGAAGAUAUUUCCAUUUCACCAGAGGAAAAAUAAAAUCGUCUAAGAAUUCUGUAACUGUCAGUUAUUAAACACAUUGAUUUUUUUGAAAAA